AUGGUUUAUCUUGGUUUGACUGGAAUGAUAGAAGUAGUAGCUCAUUGGGGAAUGCUACAAAGCCACCGAGGAGGUAAUGCUGCAAAGCCACCGAGGAGAAUGGUUAUAUAUAUUUCUCUAAUAAAUUAUGUGGUGCAAGCAGUUCCACAGAGUCAUAUUGAUAAUGAAUAUGCAAAUGCAACAGAAAAAGAUGCCAAGAUUUUUUUGACCAUAUCUAGAGAUCUUAGUGCUCCACUUACGGGAUUCGUCAAGGAGUUGAAGAGUGUAUUUCCUAACACCAGGAGAAUGAAUCGUGGUAGUCAGGUCGUUUCGGAGAUUAUUGAAACUGCAUGGUCGCAUGCUUAUACUGAAGUGAUAUUUGUUACUAAGAACCGUGGUAAGCCUGAGCAAUAUCCUCAUGUCAUUUUUGACAACUUUACAAGUCAUAUGGGUAAAAGAGUUGCGAGCAUGUUAAAACACAUGUUCCCAGUGGAUGCAAGAUGUAUAAUUACUAAUAAAUCUGAUUAUAUUUCUUUCAGGAAUCAUGUGUAUGAUAAAGGAGAAGGAGGCCCAAAAUCGAUAGAGCUAAAAGAAGACGGUCCUCGGUUUGAGUUGCGGGUCUACCAGGUAUUAUGUGGAACAAUGGAACUAGAGGAAGCAGAGAUGGAAUGGGUUUCUUGGACAACACUUGAGAAGUCUUUGACAAACUAUGUUUUAACUCUGUGUUGA